AUGGCACUGACGCAGGAUGCGGUUUUGUCCUUUUUACUGGAGCGCGGCGGGAAAGUGAAGAACGCAGAACUUGUGGGCGCGUUCACGGCGCACAUCAGCUGCAGCGCGCCGGAGGAGAGAAGACGCAACAGGGAUCUGUUUAAGAGUUUCAUCAACAACGUGGCUGUCGUUAAACGGCUCGAUGACGCCAAAUACGUGGUCGUGAAAAGAAAAUAUCAAGAGAUGAUCAAUAAAGGAAAGUCCUCCAUAGCAUCAUCAUCAUCCUCCUCAUCAUCAUCAGGCACAACACAACGGAGCUCCUUUCCCUCUAUAACGCGUGCAGAUGUUUUAAAUAACAAUUCCUGGUUUUGCACAAGUCCACCUGACUGCAAUGUUAACACUUGUAAAGAUUUAGUCAACAAUCUUGAAAUUAGAUCAGCACCAUGUGAUGCUGCGUUUGCUCCCAUCACUGCAUCCAAGCAAGAGGACUCUUUGACUACUCGAGUUCUUAAUAUAACUGAUAAAACCAGGAAAGGAGCUGUUUUUGCUGUUGUUUCAAUUAAAUCACCACCUCUUUCAGAACUUGACCACAGAAUAGCUGAAUAUCACCAGAGAUUUAAGAUUCCAACACUCAAGAAGGAGACAACACCUGACAAAAGUUCACCCUACCCGAAUCACGAACAAGAUGUAACUAAAUCACCUAGAAGCAAAAGAAGACAGUCUGCAGUGCCCAGUUUACCAGGAUCGAAAAGAGGAAACGAAGUGGCCAAACCAGGCUUUGUUGCUAAGGACUCAUCUGCAAAACGUCUGCAGCCACAAGAACACGACUGGCUUGUGAAGUCAGCAACGGGACACUGGAGUCAAAUCUACAGCCUCCUGCUGUAUGAUGGCCACCUGGCAGGAAAGAGAAACUUCAUAUCAGGCUUCACGGCGCUUCACUGGGCGGCUAAACACGGAAACAGCAAAAUGUUGCGCAGACUUCUUGACACUGAUCAAAAAGUUGAUGUAAACAUCAAGAGCCAUGAUGGUUACACACCACUUCAUGUUGCUGCCAUUCAUAGCCACGAAGCAGUCUUAAAUUUACUGGUGCGUGAAUAUGGUGCUAACUGCAACAUACGUGACAACAGUGGUAAAAAAGCGUACCAGUAUUUACAUAAAGACCUGUCGGCUGAGGUGAGAGAGCUGCUCGGAGACCGUGCUGUUUCGUGUCCAGAUGAACAACAAUUUCCUGAUUUGACUAAAAACCUCAACACAUUCAGUAAACUAUUUCAAGCGAGUAUGGGACAUAGAAAGAAAUCCAGACAUCGAUUAAGCUUCCGUUCAAUUAGCGAUGAACCGAAAGACAACAGAAAAGACUAUAAAUUAGACCACGAACACCAAUAAAGUGCCCAAAUGAAUGUUUACGCACUUGAAAUAAAUGUGUGCAUUAACAUAGCUGCUUUUAAUUUAAUUUAUAGUAAUAUUUAGCUUUUAUACCAGAGCAAUGCAUCUGAUUGGACUGAUAG